GACCAAAACGUUGCCGAUCAUCCAUUCUGUGUACUCAAAAUUUCCAGUUCUUGCGCCUCACUGUUUCAGUCAUUCAGCUAGAGAUUUCAGUAGUCGUCUUGGAUUAUGGCAGACGAGGUUCUUCUGUUGGAUGCAAAGGUAAGCAUGUUUGGGAUGAGGGCUAGGGUUGCCUUGGCCGAGAAAGGCGUUAAGUAUGAGUACAAGGAACAGGAUCUGACCAACAAGAGCCCUCUGCUUCUGCAAAUGAACCCAAUUCACAAGAAGAUCCCAGUUCUGAUCCAUCACGGCAAAGCCAUAAAUGAAUCACUAAUAAUUGUUGAGUACAUUGAUGAGGUCUGGAAGGGUGAAGCUCCAUUACUCCCCUCUGAUCCUUAUCAGAGAGCUCAAGCCAAAUUCUGGGCUGAUUUCAUUGGUUCCAAGGUUCAUGAGGUUGGAAAGAGGAUUUGGGUUGGAAAAGUUGAAGAGCAUGAGCAGGCGAAAAAGGAACUGAUUGAGAACUUGAAGCAAUUGGAGGAGGUUCUUGGAGACAAACCAUAUUUCGGUGGUGACACGUUUGGUUUUGUGGAUGUUGCUUUGAUCCCAUUUUAUAAAUGGUUCUAUGUUUAUGAGAAAAUAGGGAACUUCAAAGUGGAAUCAGAGUGUCCUAAAAUCAUCGAAUGGGCUAAGAGAUGCUUGAAGAGAGAAAGUGUUGUCAAAUCACUUGCUGAUGAGAAGGAGAUCUACGAGUUUGUCUUGGGCUACAGGAAGAAGCUUCAGUUGGACUAAAUAGAAAACAUCUUAAUUGGAAAAGGCCAGGGAAUUUUAGGUAAGACGCGAAUUAAAGUAUCCUGGUUCAGGAUGGUUGGGUUUGUCUAGGUUUCUUUGAUGGACAGACUUGAGAGAAUAAGGAAACUUGUUUUACUGACGAGGUUUCCAUGGUUUGGCUGGCUGAAUAUAUGAAGUUGCAUGAAAUUAUUAGACACAUCUUAGUGUCUUUGCAUUGUAAAAGAACCUGGCAUAUUUCCGUGUGUCUUAUUAGUUAUUACUCAUGGCCGUAUUUUACUCA